GAUUACCCCACGCCUUCCUUCCUCGCGGAAGCCCUCCAGCGGGGAUUUCCGGAGCGCACCGAUGCCACCGACAAGACGGAGAGACGCGGCUGACAUCACGCCGCCUGCUGCGUUUCUGCGCCUCCCCCUCCCUCACCACCUCCUCCUGCCUCCUCCUCCUCCACCGGGGCAAACCGCUCCUCAUCUUGGAGCGCCACCUCAUUGCGAGUUCACCUCCAGCUCAGCCAGGCACGCCGCGGUCGAUCCUCUCUUCUCUACGAUGGGCGCAAGAAGUCAGCCGUGCCACGCUCGCUGCUGCUGCUGCCGCUGCGGCCACCUCCGUCUGCUGUUGCUGCUGUUGCUCGUGUCCGGUUGCGCCGCUGGUGAUGCCGCUGACCGUGUAACGCCAUCGUCGUCGUCGUCAACAGCAGCAGCAGGGGAGACGAUGCAUGCAGUUCAUCCAAGCUCCGAGGAGAUGCAACACAAGUGUGGUUUCACACUUGAAGGAAUCAGUGAGUGCAGAGACAAUAGAUGCAGAGAAGCCUCGACGACGUGUUUAAACAUCGACAAUCCAGCAGCGUGCGUUGUGGAGAGGUGUGAGCAGGCGUUGGCGGAGUGCGAGCGCCCGCUCAACGCCAAUCUGAGUGCUGAGGCAGUGUGUGAAAGGGAUGGCUUUGCAAAAGUCACCACAAACUGCAUAACUGAAGUUUCCAAAAGCAAAGACACAUUUUCCCACUGCAAAACCAAGGGCUACCUGCAAGUGCGGCGCAGGUGCUUCUCUUCCACAUGGAGGAAGCUGGUGCAGCAAGCUGCCACAGAGAGGACGGGUGCCAUGAACUUCACCGACGACUUCUUUGAUUGUGUGGAUAAGAAUUGCAUCAGCCAAUCAGAAAGCUGCCCAGAGAAGAACAGUGCAUACAUCAAAAACGUGAGUGCACGAAUCUUCACCCUGGAGGGCUGCACCUACAGCAUCGCCACCUUCCCCCAGGAGUGUGAAAAUCCUCUCUGUCCGAGAGCUAUUGACGUUUGCUUCAAGAGGUUCUCAUCAGCUGGGUUGAUGGUGACGCUGGCUGUAAUUGUGCUGCUUCUGCUGGCCUUGGCGGUGGCGUUCAUCGUACGUCGAGGAAGGAAACAUUUCCACCAUCCCAGAAGCAACAACUCGGUGGCUUACGUCAGGGUCAUUUAAGCCUCGGCCGGUGAUUGGUCCGAAACAAACUUCAAUCCGAAUUUUACUUUCCGAAGGUUUUAUAUGAUCUUUAUUUUGUAGAUGUGUGUAUGAAUUUUUUUCACUGUGUGUUUUGUGAUAUGCAAGUGACAUGCAAAUGAUAUGUUAAUCUAACAUAUGGGCUAAGAGAACGAAUGAGCCUGCAACAAAUGAGCCAGAGAAGAAUGCAAAACAAUGUACACGAGAGGGUAAAAUCCAGACGAAAAUAUAAUCGGUUCCUGAAUCAAAAUCACGACCUUGAAUCAUGAUUAUUGAUCAAAUUACCAAGGAGGUUAGGUGUGCACCAUCCAUUACUAAUAAUAAUUUGACAAAUGCACCGCAAGGGUUGAACGUGCCCGAGGUACAAUGUGGGUGACGUUUUCCUGUUCUGGUUUUGUGCCUCCUUCAGGCGGCAGAGCCACAUUUCAUUUUAUUAACCAUUUGACAGGUGACUUUAUUGAGGGCCACCUGAGAUCCGUCAACCUUCUGCCGCAUUUCGCUUCUGUGUUACUCUGCCACGAGGCUGUGUUCUAUUUGGCAGAUGAUUAACUGGGUUUCACUCUACGCUUAUCCGCGCAUCUGUUGAGUAACGCCUCGAAACUAGGCUUGAAGAAUACAUGUGCCAAACCAUGCUUUGCUACAAUCAAAGAUAACUAAACGUUUAAAGGACCUUGUUGGCAGUGGUGUACACAAAUCACCGCAUUAAUGAUUUGUACUGCUUAAAAGCAACCACAAUAGUAUGACGUCUUAGGCUAAUGGCCCUUAAUCAGUGCAGAGGGAUUGACUUAAAAGUUGAGUUGACACUUUACAUUGUGGAGGCCCGAGAAAAUUGGGCAAUUUUGAUAAAGUCCACAAAGGAACGGUUUGGGAUUGACAUUUGAGUAGUUUUAUUAGUAUUACGUGUUUAUAUUCAAGAAAACUACUCGUCUGUUUUAUAUGACAUAUUUUUGUACAACGCAUGUAUGAUGAAUUUAGACACUGGUUACUGUUAAUACACUGGAGAACCUAUGUGUUUAUCUUGAACGAAGACAUGGAAUUCCUCAAUAAUAUUCAUGGAUGCAUCAUUAGUCCUCCUUUAAUGCAAGCUCUAUUGAAAUACGUAUUUUUGUCCUCUGCGUAUUCAGAAUAUGGUACCGUAGCUUUAAAGAGGGUAUUUAAAUUGUAUUUUACACAGAAAUGUCUGCAAAAGACACUUAUUACAAUAGGAUACCAAUGGCAUGUAUGUAGUGGCACCUAAAUGCAACAACAUCUCAAGAUGCUGUGCAGAAACACAAGGCGUUUUUUAGAGAAAAAAAAAGUGCAGUCAGUGAUAGGCAAAGGAAGGAAAGAUCUUAAGCCAGGACUUGAUUGAGUACAGGGAAUUGACAGCACGGAUGUCUGGGGGAAGGGAGUUCCAGACGAUGUGGGCAGCAGAGGAGAAUGAGUACCCUCCUUAUGAAAAUGUAGGCCCCUUGCUGAGAAGUCGUUUGAGUCCAAACAUGCACUGGGUGAUUGUCACUUUAUACAGGGAUCCAAUACACCACAAGAUGGGCCUAGUUUAUGUGUUCAUGAAAACAUCUUCCCCCCCCCCCUACCAAUUUUUUUGUUAAAUAAUAGUCUAUACCAUGAGGGAAUAUAAUGUAAGUGCUAAUUUUCCACCAGAUAUUGGCACAUUCUGGUUUUCUGUAAAGAAAUGAAUUGGGAGCAUGCAUGUUUUCCCCUCACAGUAUCAUUACACCAUAAAUGUGUUUUUUUAAUUUAUUGAAGUGAGCAUUAAAUGAAAAUUAAAGUUCAUCCCAUUAUUAUGCACAUCCUAUGUAAAGCUUAAUUUCGUGAAUCUGUAAGUAAAUGUUGUAUAGUCAUCCGGCAGGUCCGUUUAAAAGCAGUGGAUAUGUAUUUAACAAGCAUGCCUGGUAUGUUUCAGAAUGUGGGGAAAUAAAUCUUUAAGGCAG